AUGGCUAAUGGCUUCCUUGUCCUCCUUUUCAUAUUCUCUACUUUUUCCACAAACAUUCAUGCAUGCAACCAACCUGAACGCAGCUCUCUUCAGACCUUCGCCCUCACUUUGUCUGCUUCAACUCCUCUAAAUUGGACUUCCGGUGAUUGCUGCCUUUGGGAGGGCAUCACUUGUAAUCCAGGUGGUUCGGUCACUCAUUUGAGCUUACCCUCUAAAGGCCUCAAACUCAAAGGAGGUAAUUUUCCUUCUUCAUCACUUGAAAAUCUCACACAUCUCACCCACCUCAACCUCUCCCAUAAUUCACUUUAUGGUUUGAUAGAGCCAAGUAGUGGCUUCUUCUUGUCCUUGAGUCAUCUUGAGGUCCUUGAUUUGAGCUAUAACCUUCUCUCCGGAGAGCUACCCUUGUCUCUACCUUUCAGAUAUAUCAGAGUAGUGGAUUUAUCCAACAACCGAAUUAAAGGCACAAUUCAAUCUUCAUUCCUCCAGCGUGCCUGGAAUUUGAGCAGUUUAAAUGUCAGCAACAAUCACUUGACAGGCCAAAUCCCAUCCUCUCUCUGUCUUCAUUCCUCUUCGGUUAGACUCUUGGAUUUCUCUUUCAAUGAAUUCAGUGGAAUCUUUCCUCCUGGACUACUGAACUGCUCCAAGCUUGAGGUCCUUCGUGCCGGUUUCAAUGAUCUUUCAGGGCCCCUUCCUAGUGACAUUUACCAUGUUCCAACACUUCAAGAAAUCUCAUUACCUUCUAAUAAUCUUUUUGGACCCAUUAGUAACAGCAUUGUCAAUCUCACCAACCUCAGAGUUCUAGAGCUCUACUUCAAUAAGCUGACAGGGUUGCUUCCUCUCAAUGUUGGGAAGCUCACCAUAUUGACGCACUUAGUCCUUCAUUCCAACAAUCUACAAGGUUCUCUGCCACCAUCUUUGAUGAAUUGCACAACCCUUAUAGAGCUGAAUCUGGGAUACAACCAAUUGGGAGGAGAUAUCUCCAAGCUUAAUUUCUCCAGACUUACUCAACUUAGUAAACUUGACCUUGUGGACAAUCACUUCACUGGUACCUUGCCAAUAAGCCUUUACUCAUGCAAGUCUCUUGGAGCAAUUCGACUGAGUGAGAAUGAUAUAGAAGGAGAAAUAAAACCCGAGAUUUUAUCACUGAAAUCCCUGUCUUUCCUUUCCCUUACUCAAUAUAGACUGACCAAUAUCACAGGUGCAAUGCAGAUACUGAUGAGUAGCAAAAGUCUCACGGUACUCAUUUUGUCACAUAACUUUAUAGGUGAAGAAAUGCCAGAUGGAGAUGGAUUAAUGAUUGAUUCUGCAUUCCAAAACCUUAGGGCUUUGGGUUUACCCGAUUGCCAACUUACAGGUCAAAUACCAUUAUGGCUGUCAAAGCUGAAGAAACUUGAAGGCCUGGAUCUGGCUUCUAAUAGAAUCACUGGCAGAAUUCCUAGUUGGUUAGGGGCUCUUCCAAAUUUGUUUGUUAUAAGGUUGACUAAUAACUCACUGUCAGGUGGAUUUCCAAAGGAGCUUUGCAAUUUACAAGCAUUGGUAUCACCACAAAAGGCUGCAACUCAAACAGUCCAUGGUUCUCUCGAACUACCCAUCUACACCCAACGCACUAAUGCGUCUGUGACUGAAUUGCAGUACAAGUAUCUGUCCAGUUUUCCAAGAGCAAUAUACAUCAGGAACAACAGUCUAAGUGGAAGGAUACCUAAUGAGAUUGGUCAGUUGCAACUUCUUCAGGAACUUGAUCUUAGCCUCAACAACUUGCUUGGCGGCAUUCCAAACCAAAUAUCAAACCUCACAAACUUGGAGAGAUUAGACCUCUCAAGAAACCAAUUAUCAGGGAAAAUCCCAGCUUCACUAUCUAGUCUUCAUUUUUUGUCAUCAUUUACAGUUGCAUACAAUAAUCUCCAAGGACAAAUACCAUCAAGCACCCAGCUCCAGGGCUUCAGCGCCACUGCAUUUGAGGGGAACCCGGGACUUUGUGGAGCACCACUUCCAAAUAAUUGCCAACAGAUGAAUAUAAGUGGGAUAAAUAAUAGAACUGAAGAUGUCCACAAUGGUAUUGAACUUCCAUGGUUGCAUAUUUCUGUGGCUCUUGGUUUCAUUACAGGAUUCUGGGGAGUUUGUGGACCUCUGGUGCUGAGCAGGUCAUGGAGAUGUGCAUAUUUCCAGUUUCUGUAUAAGAUAAAAGAUAAGUUCAAAAAAUGGUAG